UAUAAAGGGCAGCUGCAGAAAGCCUGCUCUGCACGGGCUUGGAGCUGGAGUGGCACUGCCUGACUCCGCCCUGCCCACAGCGCCAGCCAGCCUUGGACAGAAAGACAUACAGACUGAUGACUGACUGAAGGCAACAGAGAUUUGGUCGGAAUAAUCCGACUGGCAGCAUGGAGGAGGAUCUGUGCUGGAGCGAAGCCUGACGCCAUCUCCAGUUUGGAGCGGGUGCUGUGGGCACUCUCCUGGAAGAGCGUUUGCAGACAACCUGCCCUGCGCUCAGCUGCUCAGCUCUGCGCACUUGCCUACCCAGAGCAGGUCUAGUCUUUUUUGCUGGUUCCUGGUAUUUCUUCCCUCUCCCUGAUCCAGACACCUCAGCUCAGAGCUCUAGGGCACUGAAUAGAUUGCCUGGCUGUUUGUCCACGGCCUUAACUUGCCCUCUUUCUUUUUUGAGAGCCUCCUGAGUGAGUAGCUUAAGGUCCCCAGGGUCCUCUAAAGGCACUGGGAUGGAUGCUCCAACCACAGAUUUGCCCCAGGAGGCUUUCCAGAGCCCUGGCACCAUGAGCUAUGGGGACGAGCUGACUCCAGAGGCUCUGAGUGUACCUAGUGGUUUUGAUGACUUGAUCACCUCUACCACCUCCCAGGUGCUUCAGGCCGCAUCCAAUGCUGCAUCUGCGGUGGGACAUGCUGGCCGCAAUGGCAUGUUGUCCAAGAUGGAUAAGUUAGCAGACCACAUGUCAAACACGGGGGACCUGGCUGACACAUCAGGUCCCCUAGAUUUGGAAAUUGUAUCCCAGGAUGAGCAGGUGCAAUUCUGGUUAGUGGUAGGGUACACCAUAGUGGUCUUUGCUGCCAUCAUAGGCAACUGGGUCUUAAACCACAUCAUUAUGAAGUAUAAGAGGGUACACACUGCCACCGGCCUCUUCGUUGUCAACAUUUCUGUGACCAACAUGAUGCUCGCUCUUCUCAGCUCUCCUUUCACUAUGGUGCGCUAUCUGUGUAAUUCCCUGGUGUUUGGAAAGAUGACAUGUCACCUCAGUCGCUUUGCCCAGUACUCAUGUGCCUAUGUAACUGUGAUGAGCAUGGCAGCUAUUUCCCUGGAUCGACAUCGGGUGAUGCUAUAUCCUCUGAAGGCCCGGAUUACUCCCAUGCAAGGCAAUGUCUGCAUCAUCAUCAUCUGGAUUGUGAGCACUUGUGCUGCUUUGCCACAUGCCGUUUACCAGAAGCUUUACCAAGUGGAAUUUGGCAACACAACAGAGGAAUCUGCCUGCCUCCCAAGUUUCCCAUAUACUUCUAAGUCCACAUGGAAAUACCUUGACCUGGGCACCUUUCUGCUGUUCUUCAUCUUGCCUUUGCUGGUGCUGGUGGCUGUCUAUGGUCAUGUGGCCAAAAAGCUGUGGAUCCAUGAUGCUGUUGAUGACAUCAAUAUCCACACUUACAUCUGCCAGCGUGGGAAGAAGAAGCAGACCCUAAAGAUGCUGAUGACAGUGGUGCUUCUGUAUACAAUCAGCUGGCUCCCCCUCAACCUCUACCUGGUGCUCCUGUCCAGUGAAUCCAUCUCAAGCCACAAUGGUCUCUACUUUUUCCUCCACUGGCUAGCAAUUAGUAGCUCCUGCUACAACCCCUACAUUUAUUGCUGGCUCAGUGAUAGUUUCCGUAUUGAAGUUCAGAAAGUCAUCAUGGAAAUCCAGAAGAUGCUACUAGAUAAAAUCAGCCGCCUCAGGGGAGAGCAUCGCCGACUGAGCUCUGUAUCUCACACCCAAACCCCUGGCAGUGUGGAUUCCAAUCCAGGAGUGCCCAAAUUCCCACGAUUCAAAGAUUUCGAUGAGCUGCCCAGUCCCCCUCCCUCCCCAGCAGUGGAAAUCUCCUUUCUCCAUUCAGUGCCUAGAGUUUAAGCUGCCCAGACCGCGUUUGACUAUCAGUUCUCAAAAUAUCUAAGCUUACAGACAAUUUCAACUCAGCUGAAGAGAGGAGGAGGAAGAAGAAAUGAUACCUCAUCCUGUCACUGCCAUUAUUCUGGAGAUGAUGUUUUAAGGCUCUUUGGCAGCAUCCAUGGUGGCAUGUGUCAAGAUGAUACCAGGAUGAGAGUUGAACUUGUGGUCCUCCUCAAUUUCCUCUCUUCUUCUUUGUCUCUUCCUCAGUAUCUGUGGCCUCCCCUUGGUCUCACCCCACCCCUUUCCUAGCCUUUGUCCAUUUCCUCCUCCUUGCUCCUGUUCUACCUUCUACAUAGCCUUCUCUUCUUUCACUUUCUUCUCUAUUUUCAUUUCUUUUUUUUUCACUAUAAUCUUUCUUCUUGUUUAAAAAAUCUUAAAAAUGACAAGUUAUUCAGUCUCUACUGAGAUAUCUCCUGGUUGGUAAGGGAAGGACAAGUAUCUGGAGUCAGGAAAUUAGGGAAUGGAGUUAGCUUCUGGCUACUCUUGUUUUCACUGAGUAAAAAGAUGUGGUGGUUUUGGGGGAUUCCAAACUUCAAAUGUUUCUAAUAAAUUACCAUACUUGCUAUAGCGUUGAAGUCCUUUUUAGAUAAAGGACAAAUUGGAGGGAAAGACUAAUUCAAGUUUAAAUAAUUUCCUUUCCAUUGUGUCUUUUAUGUAUCCUUUUCAUCCUUUUAAUUUAAUCCUGUCCUAUUAUUAAUAACCCACUUACAAAACAAUGAACUUAAAGUAUAUGAAUACAUAUUUGGAGUAGCUUUAGGCUGUGAACAUGACUGAAUCUUCUAUUUAUGACCAUUGUAAACUGCCAACCUACCUGUGAUCUUUUGGCUUCAGCUGUUUUGGGAAUUAGUAAGUAGUCUUUGUGAGUAGUGAGCUCUGCUUGUAUAUUUUUUCAACAUGCUCUGUAAAUACUUCUGAUUGUCUUAAGGACAGAUAUAUGUAUUUCCUUUUCACUCACCAUUUGAUAGAAUAGAUAUUUCCCAGAAUAAUAGGCUGCCUGCUUGUGGUUCUGCCUCCCCACAUAGAGAAGGCAAAGUUGAAUUUGCUUGAGUACCCCAAGUUUCUUAGAAGCAUUGUACCUAGCUCUGAUAGCCUUCUUCUCCUGUUUAGACAGGAGAAAUUUGGGUAAAAGGGCUACCAUUGUAUUUUAACCUAAUGUUCUAUCCUCCCUAAGAAUGCACUUCCCCACCCCUAUCCCUAUUCUAUAGACAGAAUCAAACUUCUUUCACCCCCAGUAAGGCUUAGGAUCUGGAACGUUGCUUGACAGAUAAUCCAGCUUCAAAGUUUGCUCCUGACUUGGCUGGCAACUCUACAGAAUCAGAACUUUAUACAACAGUUUUGGUGAUGUAUGGAUGUUUGACAAAUUGGGCAUAUGAAGAGUUUCAACUUUGUGUGGGCCUUUGUUUAGAAAUUUUCCAGCAGCAACUAAUCUGAAUUCAGUACCCAGCCAAGUCUGAGGGUGCUACCAUGGUAAGAAGUUUCUGGCUGAAGGGCUCAUUUGGUUGGAACAUGGUGCUAAUGAGCUCUAGAUCCUAGACUCUAACCCAUGUGCAGCCAUUUAGCUCUGUGGGUUCGGGCACGGUGCUAAAGAACUGUGGUCACAUGGUUUCUAAACCCCAUGUGUGUCCUUUUACAUAGACUGCACCACUCACCCUAGCCAACCUUUUUCUGAACAACAGUUAUUAGCCACCGAAAGCCCAGCAAAACUGUUGUUAAAUAUUACUGCAAAAUUUGUUUUUCACUUCUGGAGACAACAGUUUAUAGUAUAAAUCUUAUGGGCUGUGUGUUAGCAGUGUCCCAUUAUUAGAACAAAGAGAGUAUACCAAAAGUAACAGAACAGAGAAAUUGCUAGAUUCUUCCCUUUUACAAAUUCAAAUACAUUUAUUACAUAUUUUAAAUACCAAUCACCUAUCUGUAUCUUGGUACUAGUUAGGAUAUUUGGAAAAAUGCCUUGAUGAGAGUAACAUUUACAUGUAGUUUGUCUGAUACUCACCCUUAAUGGGACAAUUUAGAGUGGGGGAAUUUCUCUAUUGGCUUAGAUAUCUGGGAUGCUGGUAAUCAUGUUUUGGUCACUGUAUAUGUGACAUAUACAUUCUUUCUCAACAUCUUUUAAGCUGAUAGAUUCUUUCACUGUAAAUUGCUGUAUAUCAUAUAAGUUAAGGUAUCUUUCCACACUGUCACACAUAAUUCUAGAAAUGCAUAUAUAUAUUAAUAUAAAUAUACAAGUACAUACACUAACAUACAUUCAUGGUAUAACAUAUUAGCAUACAUAAUCUGUCACAACUUUGUUGUUUCUGAAGACUAUCAACAUCUCUAGACUCUGAGGCAAAGUUUCACUAAUGGACAUAGUGUUGUCAUCUGGCUCACAGGAAGAAAGAGGGGAAGUACACUAGGUGUGAACGAUAUGACAGUACAAAUGGAGUUGUUUAGUCUGAUACUUCUUGUUCACAGACUUUUAUGUGUAUAUUUCAAACUUACUUCCCUUAUAACAGUGAUAGUAAUAUCUUGUGUGUGACUAUGACUUUGUAUUAUAAUUCUUAAAGUAAGAUCUUAUGAUAUUUAUCAGCAAGUGUUCACUUUCGGGCUAUUACCCCAUAUUGAAAAACUGAACACUCUAGGGGAGAUUAUGUAAAGUUUCAGCUUCAAAUAUGGACUUCUUGCAUUUCAGAGUAAGCCUUAUCAGGCUGCUCAAGGAGCACACGGAGAAACAAGGGAGAUUAGCCUCCUGAGAUUUUCCUGACAUAAUAUAUGCAGGCCCAAGUAAAAGUGUCUGUGCUCAGAUUUAUGUAAAUGAAUUUAUGUUAAUUGGAUUAGUUGAAAUGUAGCAUCUGGAAUGAAUUCCCUGUUCUUUUGUGAUGAGACCUCCUGCAAAUAACGUUUGCCAGUUUAUUUUUAUAGAAAGAUCUUAGAAGGUACCUAAUAGACACUGUGCCUCGUGGCUUUAGAUUUACAGCACUUUCAAGUCAGUGGCGGGAAGUCUGUAUUAAGAGUUGGGCAGGUGAAUACUAUACUUGUAGUUUUAGACAAGAAGCUGUCAAUGCUUUUGUAUCUGCGACUUAGUGCAGAGGAAAGUCUGUGUAAAAAUAUCUCAGAAUAAAAAUAUUUAACUACAAAAAAAUAGAAAAAAUAAAGUCUUUAAACUUAGAGUCUAUAUGGUAGUUAGUGAAAUUUCACCAAUCACCUGCUUGAGUUGUCCCCCUCCCCCAUGGAAUGGAACUGAAUAUGGUGAUACAUUAAUGGCUUCAGCUUUUCAGCUUUGCUCGAAGCUCUGUGAAUGGUGGAAAAUAUCCUAAGCAUCUGUACAUAGGCAUAUCACAUACUUGCUACUGAUUCAAACCUAGCAGUGAUACAGACUGUGUGGAACCGAUGCCUUUUGGGAGAAAGUCUGUGACCCUGUCGAAUGACAGAGGAAAUAAGGCUCCCUCAAGUGAUGUUGCUGAAUUACAUCUUGACAAGAGGAAUGGAAGAAGUCUUACCAUGCUACAACAGGAGAAUGAACAUUAUUCCUACUAAUGUGCUUGUUACUUAUUUACUUGUUACUGUUGCUUUAAAUAUUAUCUAUUGAUGUUGUUAUUUCUCUCCCCUGAUUUAAUGUUUAGCUAUGUAUUCUAUACUGAAGAGAGGAGGGGCCAAAGGGAAAGGGGUAUUGUGGUAUCAGGGGUAUAGAAGUAGUAGUAGAUUAGGACAUAUAUAUAUUUACGUAAAUGUAUACUAAAUAAAACUAUUUGUUCAAAGCA